UUGGCGUUAGUUUAUAUCUAUGAGCUCGCAGAUUAUAGAAGAAUGAAAUCAUUGCAGUAUCUGCUGAUAAGAUUUUUUAAUCGUCGUAACUGUAUUCUCAUCCUGAAGGAAUCCGAUUGAUAAGUUAAACAAUAAAUCUCUUUGUAUCAAGAUGAACGAUACUGUAAGAGAAUCGCUUCCGGAGUUCAUCGAUCAUCAGUUGGUUCACUUCCGGCAGCGCUAUGAUUGGGAUUGUGGACUAUCGUGCAUAGUGAUGCUCUUGGGACGCCACGAAAAGCUUAAUUUUUUGGAAAACUUCAAGGAUAUUUGCCAUAAAGGAGGAUUUGGUGAGAGCACAUGGACUAUUGACUUGUGCUACAUUCUCAGGGAUUUUGACAUCAAGCAUAAGUUCUUAACGAAGGUCUUCGGUGCCAAUCCAUCUCACGUGGGAAAAGAAUAUUAUAAGUGUUUUAACGCGGAUGAAACUAGGGUGAACAAGAAAUUUCAGCAAGCUUCGCUCAACGACAUUCCGAUAGAAGUUAAGUCAAUCAGCAACAUCGAGUUGAUAAAACAUUUGGCAUUUAAUGGCAAUGUAAUAUUGCUUACCAAUGCUUCUCUCCUCUACUGCGAUCUAUGCAAGGCCAAUAAGUUAUCGAUUGAGUUAAGAUCAUGCCUUGGAUUGAAACCAACAUACAUGGGUCAUUACAUAGUAUUAUGUGGAUACGAUAUGAGAAUAGAAAAGUUUUUAUACAGAAAUCCCGCUUUUAAAGACAAAAUUUGUUACAUGUCAUUUGAAGCAGUUGAACGCGCUCGAAAAGCUUGCGGAACUGACGAAGAUGUAAUCCUUAUCUAUGACAAACGCGUGUGAUAUUAGAAACAAUGGUAGCUAUUUUUCAAUAUAAAGGAUUUCGAAGCAUUUUUCUCUGCAACAAACACUGCAAAUAGAGCAUUCAGUCACAAUUAGUUUAUUUCUAAUGUUUACAUUCUACUAGUCCUGUUAAUUAGGAUCUACUAUUUUAUUUUGUACAUCUUACUUUGUUAAAAUAAAAAAAAAAGUUUGACUUAAAACCA